UUGAAGUUCUUGUAGUAUUUCCCUGCAAUGUGAUCGACGUCUCUGAUUGGCUCGAUUUUAGAAACGGGGCGGGAUUAUGAGACAGCAGCGACCAAUAGCGUUUGAGCUCACCGCCUCACACCAAAAAGUAAACAGACCUGUUUUGAUGUGUCAAAAAAAAAAUCAGCGACUUUGCUAGCUCGUCUUUUCAUCAAGGAUUUGGUGUCAGUGUAAGCAAACAUCAACUGUGAAAAAAUACCUUUUAGUGGGCACGAAAUCUUUUUCUUGCAGUGGUGUUGUUUCAUCUUUUAAGAGUCUCGCUUUGUGUUUUUAUAGUGCGUUACAUCAGCUAGCAGGCUAACAGCUGAUAGCCUGCUAGCUGAUGUUCUCCGUUUAAACUAACUUCGCAUUAGCUGAAGCUUAGCUGCAGUUUGGCAGCUAGCAGGAGGUUGAUGGUAGGUCGUAUGUGUCUAUUUAGUUUUGUGUCUAGCAGCUUCGAAGAUUAAAUUACGGUGUUAACGGUGUGCAUAACUUGUUAUAAAUCUGUAAUGUUACACUAACUGUGCGGUAACAUAUCAGACGAGCGUAGCCACCCUUUAGCAACGAGCUGCUCAGCCUGUUCUUCCUCUGGUGUAUUUUUCUUCUGCGUGCCGUCGUGACUUAAACUUCGUCAGUUUAAUAUUAGUUCACACGUAUGUGAGGAAAACUUGGAAUGACGUUAGUGCUUGGCGGAUAAACGUGAUGAAGCCUGAGCACCAGUGUCCUGCCAUGGCUGAGGAUGGAGCGCUGAGUCCGGUGGGAGGACGCCCCGGAUCGUCAGGCCGACCGAGCCGACAGACCUAUAAGAGUUCAGCCCAUUUCCGCAGCCUGCUGGACGGCCUGCUGUCUCUCAGACAGAGUGGCAUCCUGUUUGAUGUGGUACUGGUGGUGGAGGGUCGACCCAUCCAAGCCCACCGGAUACUUCUGGCAGCCUCCUGUGAUUAUUUCAGGUGCAUGUUUGCUGGAGGCCUUCGGGAGACACAGCAAGAAGAAAUUCCAAUUCAUGGAGUUACCUACAUGGCUAAAAAAAUCCUUGACUACAUCUACACGUCAGAGAUUGAGUUAGACCUGGAGUGUGUUCAGGAAGUCCUGAUCGCUGCCACCCUGGUACAGCUUGAGAACGUCAUUAGCUUCUGCUGUGACUUUCUUUUCUCCUGGCUGGACGAGGGCAACAUCUUGGAGGUGGCCCAUCUGGCCGAUGUGUACGGACUGCAGGAGCUCAACACCAGACUCCACUCCUACAUCCUCAGGAACAUUCAGACUCUGUCUCGAACAGAGGCGUACCGACGGCUCCCCCAGGAGGAGAUCUUCAAGGCGCUGAGCAGCAAUGAGCUUCACGUGAGCAGUGAGAAUGAAGUGUACGAGGCGGCGCUUCACUAUCACUACAGCCCUGAACAGGUGGAAACUGACCAGGUGUACUUGCAGGACAAUCUCAAGAUGCUCGAUGCCGUGCGUUUUUGCCUGAUUGAGAAGCAGGUUUUGCAGAGACUUCACGGCAGACUGAGCCAGUGUCCGCUGAAGGAUUCGGUUUCCGCUGCCCUCCGUUACCACGAGCAGGAGGUCUUGCAGCCCGUCCUGCAGACUCCUCUCACCCAGCCACGCUCCACCUUCCGCUGUGUCCUGGGCUUCGGGGGGAUGUUCUCCUCCAGCUCCAGCACAGACAGCGAGCACCUGUUUCAGGUGUAUCACCCGAGCUGGGGGGAGUGGAGGACUCUUACUGCCACCUACGCUCCCCGAAUGUCCAACCAGGGCAUCGCUGUGCUUAACAACUUUGUUUAUCUCAUCGGAGGAGACAAGAACAGCAGUGGAUUUCGUGCAGAGACCCGCUGCUGGAGAUACGACCCCCGUCACAACAGCUGGUACUCCAUCCAGCCUCUGCAGCAGCAACACGCCGACCACUGUGUGUGUGUGGUGGGCGGCCAUAUUUACGCCAUCGGAGGGCGAGACUACAGCGACGAGCUGGACUCAGUGGAGCGCUACGACCCACACAGCAACACGUGGGAAUUCGUGUCACCUCUGAAGAGAGAGGUGUACGCCCAUGCUGGAGCAGUGGUGGACGGGAAAAUCUACAUAACAUGCGGGCGCCGAGGGUCGGUGUACCUCAGAGAGACCUACUGUUUUGACCCUGCAGCCAAUCAGUGGACGGGGUGUGCGGAGGGCCCAGUGGAGCGGGCGUGGCACGGCAUGGCCGCCGUUAACGGACACGUGUACGUCAUUGGGGGAAGCAAUGAUGAGCGUGGAUAUCGGCGUGAUGUCCUGAAGGUGGCGUGCUUCAACCCCACAGCCAACUCAUGGUCUCUAAUCACACCACUCCCUGCUGGACACGGAGAACCCGGCAUAGCGGUGCUGGACAGCCGCAUCUACGUCCUGGGAGGACGCUCUCACGACAAAGGCAACAGGAUGAAGUACGUCCACCUGUACCACACCGACACGGAUGAGUGGGAGAAUGAGACAGAGUUUAAGGAGCGCGUCUCCGGCCUUGCAGCCUGUGUGGUGCUGAUGCCGCCCUCUGUGAUCGCUCAGGCCAGGAACUGGGAGCAGCGGACCAAAGCUGCGUGGAAAGAGGUGGACAUGGACAACUCGGAGGACUCCAGCGACGACUGAGUCUUCUUUUUUCCUCUUCAGCAUGUGGGGUUUUAAGUCCAUGGCGGAUAUCUUUUGCUUAUAGCAGCACCGUGUCCUUUUUGCAUGCUGACCGCUUCGAGUGCCUCUGAACCAAAGUGUCAUUCAGGACAUUUGCACAUUUUUUGUGACCUCUCAGAUGUGAUCUUAGGAACUUUCAUUCAGUCUGGGAUCCCCUGCUUGCCCUGCAACCUCCCAGCCCACCUCGCCAAAUGCUAAUGCGUGUUGCUUAUCUUCCUUAUUUUCUGACGCUGUUUAUCGUAGAGAGAACCUUUCUUUCUUCUAGGUAAGUGAAGCACUGAAGACUACUGCCUAUGCAAUAAGAAGGUGUUUAAGGUGUUCUGGAGCCUUGAUUUAUUCUUCUUUUAGGACUUUCUGACACUGGAUCUUCUGAAACUGAGUUCAGACUUUCACAGGCAGCUCUUACCAUCAGUCAGUAUACUGUCAGUUUCUAAAGAAAAAAAAAGACUUUAAAAGAAUCUAUAUUAUAAUGAAGCACAUCUCCAACUCAGCUACUGAUUAUCGCCAGGUGAAGUUAUCAUCACACCCAAACUACUGAAUAAUCAUGAAAUCAAGACGUUCAGCUGAUGCAUCGUGCCUUGUUUUGCGGAUCAGUAUUUUCAUGUUAUCAGUGUGCGUUUAGAGGGAGAUGAGCCUUAGGUGUUGUGUCUCGGAUAUCAUAAAUGGCUUUAAAAGACAAGACGCUGUUGAUUUGGUGAUUUUGUACCUGAAUGCUGAGGCUCUGGUGCUACAGGCUGCAGACUUCUCCUCACACUGUGUUGCCAUGUCUGUAAAUCGUGUAUGACCGUCGAGUCUUGAUAUCUGUGUGAAGAAAUCCAAACUAUUGUUUUAUUGUGUGUUUGUGUCCUUUCAUUGAUCUGACAUACUGUGUAACUUACGCCAGAUGGAGAUUACUGUCCCAUUAUUUCUACUUUGCUCUGCGCUUCGUUUUACUUGCCUCACUUCAUUGUUGACGCUGUUUAAUAUAGAAUACAGGUUAAAGGACAUUUUCACCGCUAUGCAUCCGAGUCUAAUUCAAAGUAUACUUCUCUUGUUCGUAUAAUGACGUUUUGUCUUGAAGGAAAGCAAUGUAGUGGAAACAUUAUGCAAAAUUAAACUAGUAUCUGACUCAUGAGGUAAGUUUUGAAAUUAAAUAAACAUAGUAAUAUAUAAUUGUUGUCAUGUGUGCAGCUAAGUAGGCGUUGAUUUUACAGUGAGAACACAUUCUGAGUAUUUAUUAUUUAAACUAGACUGCAUUAGGGCUAACAAAAUAAAAUACUUGGCAUUUCUCCAGAACGAAGCUGGAGGCUCCAUUUAUGCUUCAGUUUGGUCAUGACAUAACAAUAAUGUCCUGAAUGUUUCUCAGGAAAGAACUACUUAAUGUAGAACCAACUACACAGAGAAUCGAGAGAAAAUACCAAGAAAUGACCAUGUUAACUUUAAGGGUCGUUCCAGAAUUGGAGGACAUUUGGGCUUCAAAAUUUUUGAAAAAUAGACUUCCUCUUUUUCAGUUUUCUGCUCCAUAUUCAUCAAUAAUAGGUAAUAAACUAUCAAAGACUUGAUUGGCUCAGCUUACACAUCAGUGGUACCAUUUUUAUUCCAUGUUUUAUUUGUUGUUUGCUAACCCUACUCUAAUCACAGUAACAGGGAUGCUAAUCCAUGCUAAUGUUAGCUUUUUCUCAGCAGUAGAAGAUAGAUAUUUAGCUAGCUGUUACUGCUGACCAAGAGGACAAACUGACUGAUGGGGGGAAAAAAAAGAGAAAAAGUAAAAAGAAUUUGUCUUCUCCUGACAAUAUGAGGUAGAGUGAGACAUUCAAUCAAGGCUGACAAUGUUAUGGAAAUAUGAAAAAAUAGAAGAGAGGAUAUACUUUUGUUCUACCCAUUGUUUUGGAAAACUGAUGAUGUUCAUUUCAGCAUUUCAUCUCAUUCACUGUUUUCUUCUUUUUCUAUCAGAUAAAAAGGUUGUGUUACCAGAGUUAUGUAGGACACAUUCCAUGCAUGAUAAUUAUUUAAAAAUAUUUUGUUGAUUAAAAAAUGUUCCCACAAUUACAUCAAUGAAAAAAUAAUAAUACCAAAAAUAUUUAAAUUAAAUUUUAACAGUUUUAUAUGAGAUAAAUUUGUUCAUCAUUGGGGUGGUACAAGAGAAAAAUGUCAUUUUAGGGGAAACUCCAGACUAUUUGGUAUUUAAAAAUAUUUUUAAACAUUCUUUUCUCCUAUUUUUUUUUUUUUUUAAGAUUUGGUCUCAGGACAAGUACAUUUACACAACUGCAGGUUUUAGUAUUUUCUACAUGGAUUAUUUGAAAUUUGAAGGAUGGGACGUAAAAUGUCCUCCAAUUCUAGGAUGACCCAUGAAUAUUUGUUAUUUCUAUAAGAAUUUAAAUAAAUCUUGUAUAAUUUAUUAAUUGAAUUAUAACAAAUAAACUUUUUUCCCCUUUCUGGCA